AUGGCGGGAUCGAAGCGCAUCGGGAAGUAUGAACUCGGCAAGACGCUUGGAUCGGGCAACUUCUCCAAGGUGAAACUUGGUCGUGAUAUUGAGACCGGGAAGGAGUGGGCAAUUAAAAUAAUAGACAAGGAGCAGCUUGUACGGGAGCGUAUGGAGGAGCAGUUAAAGCGAGAGAUUGCCGUCAUGAAAAUGUUGCAUCAACCAAACAUUAUUGAGCUUCGUGAGGUCAUGCAGACGACAAAUCACAUCUACCUUGUUUUGGAGCUUGUUACAGGAGGGGAGCUAUUUGACAAAAUUGCCGCGGCAAAACGCUUCGACGAGCCAACAGCGCGCCAUUACUUCCAUCAACUCAUCGCCGGUAUUCACUACUGCCACACACAUGGCAUCGCUCACAGGGACCUGAAACCGGAGAAUUUGCUGUUGGAUGCGAAUGAUACACUCAAGAUAUCCGACUUUGGACUCAGCAACCUUCACUACGGGAAUUCGCCUGGAAAGGGCACAAUGCUGCAGACGGUUUGCGGAACGCCCAACUACGUAGCCCCUGAGGUGCUUAAGGAACGUGGCUACGAUGGAGUCAAGGCGGAUAUAUGGAGCUGCGGUGUGGUGUUAUUUGUCAUGUUGGCUGGAUAUUUACCGUUUGAUGAUGAAAACGUUAAUGCACUUUUUACAAAGAUCGAACGUGGGGAGUACCGCAUGGCCCGCCACUUUUCAGCGGAAUCGCGGGAUCUCAUCUCAAAGAUGCUUGCCGUAGACCCAAGCAAGCGGGCGACGGUGGAGGAGAUUAUGCACCACCCGUGGUUUGUGAUCGACUGGGACCCAAAUGUAUUGAGGACAGAAAACAAAAUGCAGUUGUCCGAAGAUCAGCUACGUAACGCCAUCCAAGAAUUACGCUGA